CGACUCCGUUAGCGUCUCUUGAGUGAGACAUGUUUCCGUGAAGCAGAGAACGUUACAAUCUCUGAUGUCUCUCUGGAAUGUUACCCUUGCUCGGAUUUCCUCAACCUUAUUGUCAAGAGACUGGACAUUGGCGAGUAGUAUGCUAGGGAGUGGAGCGCGAUGUGCCCGUCUCCGAAGCCUGACCAGGAGACCGCUACGUUUCCCCCUUUUACGGCGUCGCAUAGGGUCGCCGGCUGGGAUCAGAUCCAUUGUAUUGGGUGGAAGGCAAAACACUGGAUCCGCUUCGGGAAAGUCAUAUUCCUGGUUGUAACGAUGGAGACUAUCACAAUGGCGAUAUUGACCAUCAUUCUGCUUGUCAGCACAGCUUUUGCUCUGGGAGAUGCUACGAUACGACCCAAGACCCCAUGUGAGCGUGCUAGAGAUGCUGCGACAAAUGGCCCAAUUGGAGCCUACAUCCCAACGUGUGACACCGCAGGACAAUACACCCCUAAGCAAUGUUGGGGCUCUGCAGGUUACUGUUGGUGUGUGACCAGUACCGGACAGAAGAUCCAGGGUACUGAGACUCCACCAGGCACUGCUCCAAUCAACUGCUAGCAACUGUUCCACCAAGGUGAAAGGCGUUGGAAUGAAGAUGUUGGAAAGAAGACAUUGAAAUGAUUGACGGUUGUCUUUACUGUACUACAGGAACUGAUUCACAUCCCAUAUAAACAGAUUAAAUGGUUGAAUUACUUA